GUCAGUGCCACGCCCCCGCCCACCUGGACGUCAGUGGGCAAAUUGUUAUUGUUCAACGUAAACAAUAACUCGAAGGCUCGAUUUUUCAGGUCCAGGGCACCAUCUUUGACUUUGUAGAGUUGCAGAUGUUGGGAAAACAGAAAUUCUAAAGUCGACUUCGAUGAAACGCAGAAAAUGUUUCGUCUGAAACACCUUGUUUGCUUUUUCCUCUCGGCGAUCUCCCUCAUUGGCCAUGUCCACCCUUCUGAUGACCUCCACUUUCAGCACCGCUCCUACGAAGAUUUGACACGAUGGCUUAAAAAUGUGUCCGCAGAAAAUCCCAAUCUUACUUCCUUCUACACCAUCGGACAGUCUGUGGAAAAGCGGGAACUGUGGGUUCUGCGUCUGACAGAAAAUGCCCAGGCCGAGAGAGCAAUCGGCCGCCCCAUGUUCAAAUGGGUUGCAAAUAUGCAUGGUGAUGAGACCGUCGGACGAGCUAUGGUCAUCCUUCUGGGCGAGUAUCUUAUCAAGAUGUAUGGAAAAGACGACAGGGUCACUGCCUUACUCAAUACAACAGAAAUCCACCUGAUGCCUUCAAUGAAUCCUGAUGGCUUUGCUGCUUCAAAGGAGGGAAUGUGCAAUUCUUUGAAUGAUUUUCGGGGCCGGAACAACAGAAACGGUGUUGACUUGAACCGGAACUUCCCUGAUCAGUUUGAUCAAGUCCGGGGUGACUUUUUAGAGUACCUGACUGGAGGGAGGCAGAAGGAAACACUGCUUAUGAUGUCUUGGAUUUCCUCGCAGCCGUUUGUUCUGUCAGGAAAUUUGCACGGUGGAGCUGUCGUAGCCAGCUACCCCUUCGAUGACACUGGAGGACCUGAUGAAGAAGGCAUUGAAUCGCCCACUCCAGACAACAAGCUCUUUGUAAGCCUGGCUAAACUCUAUGCCAAUAAUCAUGGACUGAUGAAGAAUGACAUCAAAUGCGAAGAAGGGGAUCACUUUCCUGGAGGUAUUACCAACGGUGCCCAUUGGUACAAUGUGAACGGUGGAAUGCAGGAUUUUAAUUAUUUGCACUCAAAUUGCUAUGAGGUUACUUUUGAAUUAUCUUGUUGCAAAUACCCAUUGAGCAAGGAACUAGCCAGUGAGUGGAUUAAAAACAAAGAGGCUAUGUUGGCUUUUAUGGAGGCCACUAACUGGGGUGUCAAAGGCAUUAUCCGCUCAUCAAGUGACAGCAAAGGGAUUGACGGCGCUCAUAUUACUGUUCAGGGGAAUGCCCAUUUAAUUUCAACCACCAAAAGAGGAGAGUACUGGAGGCUUCUUUUGCCUGGAGAAUACAUUAUCAUAGCUAGUGCUCCAGGACACAAUCCCGAGACAAAGAGGGUUUUGGUUACUCGUGAAAGGCCAUCAGUACUUGAUUUCUCACUUGAAAGCACAACCAAUUUUCCUGAAAAAAGUCUCAAAAAAGAAAAAAUGAAACCAGAAGUUGGUUUGGCAGUGAAACCAGCCCCAACAAAACUAGAUACACCAGUCCUCAUCCAUCACAAUCAAAAAGCUUUAUUCGAAGAAUUUUUAAUGCUGACAAAAAACUAUCCAACCAUUACGAGACUUUAUUCGAUUGGUAAAAGUGUAAAAGGAAAUGAUUUGUACGUUUUGGAAAUAUCUGACAAUCCUGGUGCACAUGAAUUAGGUGAACCUGAAGUCAAAAUGGUUGCAAACAUGCACGGAAAUGAAGUUGUCGGCCGAGAAAUUCUCAUAACUCUAGCUCACUGGCUCUGCUCGAAUUAUGGAGUUAAUGACACUGCAAGCAUGAUAGUAAACUCCACACGCCUUCAUCUUAUGCCAUCCAUGAAUCCAGAUGGAUAUGAAUCCUCUUCUCAAUACUCUCAGGAUAGCAUGGAAGGUCGAAACAAUGCAAACAAUGUUGAUCUAAACAGGAAUUUCCCAGACCAAUAUCAAGAUGUUAAUAAACUUUCCAAAGCCGAGCCUGAAACUGCGGCAGUGAUUGAGUGGACCAAAUCAUAUCCAUUUGUUUUAUCGGCUAAUUUGCAUGGUGGCUCCGUCGUCGCAAACUACCCUUUUGACGGCCAAGCGCCAGGGCAAGUAAGUGGUCAACCAAAUUAUGCUCCUGAUGAUGCAGUUUUCCAACACUUGGCUCAUCUGUAUGCAGGGAAAAAUCCCGCAAUGACCAGAGGUCCUGACUGCAAAUUGCGGGAAAAAGAAAUAUUUCACAACGGAACCGUGAAUGGGGCAUCAUGGUACUCGGUUUACGGUGGCAUGCAGGAUUGGAACUAUGUUUUUCAAGAUUGUUUUGAGCUGACCUUUGAAUUAAGUUGCAACAAAUACCCUCUUGAAAGGGACCUACCGAAAUACUGGUCUGAGAAUAAAGAAUCCCUACUCGCUUUUAUCCAAGAGGUUCACAUUGGUUUGAAUGGAUUUGUAUUUGACAAGAAUGGCCAGGCAGUACUCGGAAGCUACAUCGAAGUGGACGGAAUUGAUCAUGUAACCAGAGUUACAUCUAAUGGAGAAUAUUGGCGACUCCUGGUGCCUGGAUCCUAUUUAAUUACUGCCUAUGCCCCUGGAUACCAAUCUGAGCCAGUGGUUGUGAAACUAGAAGGAAAAGUGAACUUGAACUUUACUCUUGAAAUGGAUAAUUUAGUAAAAUGGUCUAAUGAAACUGAUUUCAACGUAGUAGAAAAUAUGAGUCCCAUGUUUUCAUACUUGAAAAAUGUCGGGAUUGAAGGAAUCCUAGUCAAUUUAGAGAGACUUUUUGAAGGAAAUGCCGAGUACGAUAAAGUAGGAGCGGGAGUUGAUUUGAUCAAAAUAGGACAUGAGGCCCAGCUGCCGUCUGAAAAAUUGCAAAUCCUGCUGAUAGGAGGGCUGCAACCAAACGAGCCACUUGGUCGAGAAAUUCUGAUCAGAUUCGCAAGGCAUCUGCUCGUUGGCGCCAGCAAAGAUGAUGCUAAGAUAAAGGAUUUGCUGAGCAGAGCUAACUUCAUUAUAGUACCUGGAGCCGAUCCACAGUUUGAAAUUGUGCAAAGUGCUUGCCAGCCAGAAACAAGAGGCUUUUCGACACAAAGUCAGCAAACUGGAAAAAUAAUUCGGACACUUAUCGCAGACAAUGAUGUUGAUUUUGUAAUAUCAAUUGGCAGUGGAGGAUACUAUUUUGAAGCUCCACAAAACUGCUCCAGCAACCAAAGAAAGUUCUUCAAGAACCUUGAGAAAAACUUUAAAAUGUUCCACAAGGUGUUUUCAAAGACAAACGAAUUCUGCAAAAAGGAAAGGUAUAACAAUGAGUUGACUCCGGACAUAAUUUUUUCCUCAUAUUCAGUACCUAUGGUGUCAGUUCACCUUGGUUGUUGUCUUUACCCACCUCCUAAUCAAGUUCCGUUCUUAUGGAGACACAAUUUGAAAGGUCUUUUGAAUUUAGUCUCGGCAUCAUUACAAGGUAUUACGGGACGAGUAAUGGAUGACGAGGGAACUCCUCUUCGUGAAGCCAAGGUUGUUGUUGUCGGCUCCAGCGCAAAAGUGUCUUUCUCGGCAAAUGAAGCUAUCUUCCGCACAAUACUUCCAACAGGAGUCUACAAGUUAACUGUCACUGUGCCUUCUUACCCUGAAAAGUCAAUUGCUGUGACUGUUUCCCCUGGCCGACUAGCAAACAUAAAUUUUUCUAUGGGCCGACCAAGAAAGGCUGACUUAAAAACGCAAAAUUGGCUUAAUUCCUUGGUCACAAAUUACCCUUCAAUUGCCACAUUAAUAAGGAAUGAGCAAUUUAAGGACUUAAGACUGAGCUUCACCUCCCUUGACAAUCUUAUGACGCCUUGUACUGCAUUGAUAUUCAGGUGCACAUCCGAACCCUGCAUGUCCCAAGAAGCUGCGAAGGGCAUCGUAGAAAAUAUUGCACAGAAGUUUAUCAACAUUAAACAAGAGGGAAGCCUUUUGCAAGCCACCAGCAUCCACUUUCUUCCCUGGCAAAAAGAUACUACAAUUGCUAGCGAUGAGGACAUUCUCCAGUGGGUGGAAAUCCACCGCCCAUUGUUUGUGAUAUACCUGAACGAUAAAAUUAGUCCUGGCAUCAAUAUUCCAAAAGUAUCAUAUGGAGGCAGAAGCUCAAACCCUGAUAUUUUUAAAAAUGCUGUGAUGCUUAUAAACUCCAACACUACGACAGUGCCUACAGUAGAACCGGAAUCGUUUGCGAACGCAAUCAACUCGAGAAUUGAAACAAUGACCUUUGAGUUUGGUGUCAACGGGCAGUUCAACUCUUCGCUUUUGCAAUCUUUAGUAGCCUUCCAGGCUGAUUUCGGAGUUACGGUGAUCAUCAUGGACGAUGUUAAAGACCUGAUCCUUCAAACCGCUAAGCUUGAAAUCCGUUCUCACAGCUUAAAUUUGACAGUACAGCCGUCACGUGGCCUCUUCUGGCGCCCACUGCCCCGUGGCGAGUACGCUUUCUUUGCGUCUGCCCCCAAUUACCUGACCUUGGUACACGACUUCAAACUUUUGACGGAAGGCCACGAGACGGUCGUUUUGAGGCUGGUAGCAGACAGAACAUUCUUUGGCAUCUCCACAAUGUCACUCAUCUUCAUUUGUGGACUUGUGGUGCUUGGAACGGCGACUGUGUCAGUGCUAAGAACUGCUAUCAAAUACAAGAAAGCUAAAGGGAGGCAGCGCCAGACCAACGCAUUGCUCAGGCACAAUGGCGACAUUGCCCUGUCAAAAUACGUUGACUCAGAAUCUGACGAGAGCUCGUCUUCCUAAUCAAUUGAUUCGAUUUGUGAUGAAAAUGUUUUAAUUAAGAAAUCAAUGUUUUACUGAAUUUUCAGAACAAUUUUAAAAUUGAAUUUUGAAAUUUUUAAGAAAUCAAUUUUAAGGCCGUAUUAUUUAAUGUUUUUAAUUGUUGUAUCAAGUGAUUUAUCCCGAAUUAACAAUAAAUUUGAGAGAUUGUUUUUAAUUUAUCUGUUUUGUUAUUUUAUUUGAGGAGGUUAUAAUAUAUUUUUUCAACUGUAGAUGACAUGAAAACACUCCUACAUAUUAUAGUACAUGCACUGCACACACGCUCUGCAUUAUUACACCCUCGGCUUCGGCUACACACAAUGUAUUUAUGCAUUUUUGGGAGCAUCAAAUAUGCCCUCACGAGUUUAUUUAAAUGAAAAUUAAUAAUUUAUUUUUGAUAGUGAAAUUUGUAGAAAAUAAAUGGCCAAUUGAACUAAUAUUUUUAUGAAAGUAUACAGCAAAUAUUAUUGAUUGCAUUACAUUAUACAAAAAUGGAAAAAUGUAGCAUCCAUAUAAAUCAACAUUUUAAACUUAAUAGCAUUUAACUGAUUGU